ACAGCGUGCGGCGAGGACAGAUCGGUAGUCGAUUGUACAAGGCGCCGCUGGCGGGCAGUUAAAUACAGGCUUACAGAGAGUAUCAGCAGCAGCGAGGAAGGUGUCAUCCAAGAUGGCGGCCAACGUAACCACUAACCCCUCUCAGCUGCUUCCACUGGAGCUGGUGGAUAAAUGCAUAGGUUCCCGCAUCCACAUUGUGAUGAAGAGCGAUAAAGAGAUCGUCGGUACGCUACUGGGGUUUGAUGACUUUGUUAAUAUGGUGCUGGAAGAUGUCACAGAAUUUGAGAUCACACCGGAGGGAAGGCGAAUUACAAAGCUAGAUCAAAUCUUGCUAAAUGGAAACAAUAUAACCAUGCUUGUACCUGGAGGUGAAGGUCCUGAAGUAUGAAUGAAUUGUGAAGCCACAACAAUACACAGAAUCUUUCUAUAUAUUUUUCUUUUUUUAGGACUCAAACUUCUUCACAUUGAGUUGAAGCCUGUGGAUCUAAAUAUGAACAACACUGAAAUAUUUGUUUCCCCUCCUUCAUACUGGAGUGUUGCAGGAUUCCUUUUUUUCUAUAUCUACACAGAAAGACUAUUGAAAGUUAUUUCUCAAUGAAAUGGUUUUUUUUUUUUUUUU